GAAUAAACCCGAGACUUUGAACAAGCAUCAGCCGAGCGUCCCAAGCGAAACACAUCGCACAGCGACUGGAAAGCGUGUUAAGUCCGGCAUAUUUUCUUCACUCCAAGACAGAAGCACUCGAGCCUCCAUCCUUGUCGAGAAACCACACAAUCCUGUAGGAGAGACUACGGACGAACGAGACUACUCAGCACGGCCGAUCGCGAAAAGGAUUAGUCGAGCGUCUAGCCAUGAAAUGAAGAAAGCAUCGAGACGCAGGACCACGACGAGUCUCUCCCACCGAGUCGGGACGAAGCUGUUCUAGCCGAACAAGACACACCAAAGAAGCUACUGCGCGCUUUUGCUGAUUUCAGAGCUCUAAAUCAGCGUCAUGGAUGGUCCGAAUUGCGGAAGGUGCUGCUACAAGCACAGGCUGAGCGUCGCAUGAGCGAAGUUAGCUCGCUUUCUACCGAUACUAAAUUCUGGACGUUAUGGGAUAUAGAAAGAGCACAAACUCUCGUGUCCGAAAGCAGUGUCAUAGCGACGGAAUCAGCAGGUAAAAAUAGCAUUGUGUCAAGCGUGCCAAGUCUAUCGAACAUGUCAACGAGCAGAACAGAAACACAAGUCGACAGAAGCGCUAGUGUUGCAAGUCCCAAUCAUGGUGACAUUCUCCUGAAACCAACCGAAUCUAGGCGGAAACGUCGCCCUCGCUCUGGAAAUGGUAAAUCUGCAGUUCACCCAUACUCUACGACCUCAGAGCCAGGUCAGAGCUCUCAGGGGGCGCCACUGACGCGUAGCGCCCGACGAGCAGCUAGGUCCUGUCUCCAACUGUCACGAGGCUCUGAAACGGAACGCCAGCCACGAUCUCAACAAGUCCAACAAAGCCGACCAUCUCGUCGAUCAAGACUUACCAGAAGAUCCAGUCCAUCAGCCCUUGGGCAGAGCACUCAAUUUGGACAUGAUGAUCAACCUCGAGAUCUCGUCGUAGAUGCAUCAUCAGACGUGGCCAUGGCAGGUACACCACCAUUGUACGCGUGGGCUAUUGAUGACAUUCUAGAGCAGGAUAAUGAAUUAUUGCCAUGGAUUGAGGAGCAACUUGACACACUCUCAAGCUUUCCUAUAAGUGAGGACGCUGUUGAGCAACUACUCCGGAUGCUGACUAUAGAGCAAAUAUAUGACCGUAUGCUUACCAUGACCAAGUGUCGGCAGUAUGCACAACAGAUGUUCACCAUCCUAUGGAUCAGGCCCUCACACUGAACCCGUCACAACCAAGUACAGUUGAGCCUCAACAUUUUCAGAGGAGCAUUGCUUAACUACUAUCUGUGAUCCAAAGACCAGUGCUUGAAGCUGAUCUCAGCUGCACUGGCAACACAUCACCCUAUACUGGGAGACAAAGCCAUACUGAUCGCAGUUGUCCUUCUGACUAUUCUGGACAUUUUCGAAAGCGGGUGCGGCGCUUAGAGCGUCCACCUCGAGGGUGCUAAAAAGCUACUAGUUGCUGGGAUCAUGACUGGCUUUUCUGAUUGUGAAAACAGCGCUCGAAACUUACUUCAUGAAGUUGCUAUGUAACUUCAAACCCGGAGAACACCCCACGAUACAAGCUUCAAGAAUCUAAGAUGCUCCAAUAGA